AUGACCACCAAUUUCAGGGGAUUGUUGGCCACUGAGGGAUUGUCGGCAAAUAUUUUGUCAAUUUCCGGCCAAUUGGCCUCUAGUUUCGGAUCAUCCCGAUUAUCGCCCUGGUCAUCUACUGUAAAUAUUUUAGUAGUGAUAAUUAUUUUGACGGUCGCACCGGUAAAAACUACCAGUGCUUUAGUUAGUGAUAGCAUAGUAGCUAAUAGUUGGAAAAGUGUUCAGAUAUUUACAGUCUAUGACAACAACGGCUUAAAUAUAGAUAACCCGAAACUGGUGGCCAAUUGGGAUGAAAUUGACAAAAUAUUUGCCGACAAUCCCGCAGUGGCCAACAACCCGCUCAAAUUGUUGGUCAUAUGUGGUGCACCGCGAAUCGGUAAAUCAACGUUUGCCAGUCUAUUGUAUCUAAACAAUGACCCGAUCUAUCAAAAUAGUGACAAUAAUAAUAAUAAUAAUGAUUUAAUAAGUAUUGAUAAUAUUGUCAAAAUAUUUAAUACAUCAAAUGAAGAUUUUCUGGCCAAUACUAAAGGUGUUUGGAUAACACCGGUUCCCAUACCUGUUAGGGAACGACCCGAUAGUGAUAUACUAUACAAUGUGUUUAUUGUUGACGUCGAGGGUAUAUUGGGUCCCAAUUCCGAUCAAUUUAUUUAUCAACAGUUAUAUGUAUUAUCAUCGAUGAUGUCCUCGCAUUUUAUCUAUUAUCUCAGACAUCCAUUCAAUGAAUAUCACGAACAAGUACUACAAUUGUACACAACAUUAGCCCAAACCGUACAGUCGUUGAACGAUAAGCUCAUAUUAAUGCCGAGUAAUUUGAUUAACGAAAACAAUUUCCGUUACGGACGGGUAGAUAGCGAUAAAUAUCUGGAUCGGUUGAACAGGGAUGCAAAAAUUAAUCUAGGAAAGUUUACGAAAUAUUUCAAAAAAAUUGAAUGUUAUCUGAUGCCCGAACCGGCCGAACCUAUGCGCACCAGUAUGUUGGACGACCAGCUGACACACUAUACAAUGGCUGAUAUUGGACAGCAAUACAUGAAAUAUGUACGCGAUUUUCGGUGGCAGACAAUGGCCAGCGGUUUUGACGGCUUGAAAACAUCGACUAAAGGCUACCGAAUGAGAGGACUGGACUUUCAUCAGUCGCUGCGGCCGUUGUUUGACUUAAUUACAAGCAAACGUUUAUCGAAAAUACCGAAUCAAAUGGAUAUGCUAUCCACUGAUCAUUACCGCAAUCUGGUCGACAAACUGGUCAGAAAAUAUGCCGAUCAUCAGUCAACUGCCGAUUGUUUGUUUGAUGUCUAUAACUGUUUAAUAAACGGUAAACAACUAGAUAUCCGACACCAAGAUUUAGUUCAACAAUUGUUGACACAAUUUAAUAAAACAGAUAAUCCGUAUGAAUUGUGGUCAAAGUCGGCGAUAGACGACAACAGUCCUAAUAGUUUUCAAUAUAAAUAUUAUGACAAACUUAAUGGCCAGUUGUCGGCCAUCUAUGAAAACGGUCUAAUCUAUCGCCAGUGUUUCAAUCAGUAUCGCACUGGUAUGCGCCAGGCUAUACAUGGCUUGUUUGACUCUAUACUAACUACUGGUACAACAAAAGUAAGAGACAAUCAGCAACAGCUCCGGGAUGUUAACGAUUUGCUACGAAAAAAUGCUGAAAAUAUCUAUACAGAAAAUGUGUAUAAACUAAAUAUAUUGGACUAUAAUAUGGCCGACAAAUUGUUGGCUACAUUGGACGACUAUUUCGAGGCCAAUGAACCGAUAGUAUCGGAACUAUUGGCUCAGGUCGACAAUUACGAGACUCAAUUGAUGGCCUGUAUGGGCGAAAAAUCUAGUGUUUGGUCAGCUAUAUUGGGCCGAUAUAAUCAAUGGUUGGCCGCCCAUCAGGAGGUGUUUCCCGCUAUUCAGGACCAAUUAGAUCAACGUAUACGGGAUCAGAUCGCCAGGUACUCGGGUGUGGUUGACUGUCCGGCCAUUGACUAUAACCAAGUGUUUAUCAAUAUAACUGAUAAACUGUUGGCCUCUCAGUCGACAUACGGCUACUAUGGCGACAAACUGGUCGACUGUCUAAUACUAGCCGCGACUGGUAUAGUAGUCUCAACUACCGGUCCCUUAUUGUCCAUUCCCUGUACCCUAGGCUUCGGUAUAUUUGCUGCUAUUAAAUAUCUAUAUAAUGAUUCAUACAAUUGGAUAUUAAAUCUAAUAUAUACUGUCGACAUACAAAUAAAACUACUUAAUAGGACAAACAUUGAAUUCUACAUAUUUCUAUUGGACAUAUUCGUAUUGAUCAUAUUGACCGCCGAGUUUUCGGUUAGACUGUGGUCGUGUUCGGUAAUACCGAAAUAUCGUCGGCUCAAGGGUCGAGUCCGGUAUCUACUACACCCGUAUCGACUACUGGAUCUGCUAGUGAUAGUCAUAUCGGCAUCGGUACUACAUUUUCAUUCGAAAGCCCAGUUACUGUCCAUUGGGCUCAGGGGUCUGAAAAUAUUCCAGAUCUACGAAAGCCGUCUCAUAUUCAAUGUCGUAUGGGAUCAACGUGUGCACCUGGCUAUUACCCUGUACAUAUCGUUGUUGACCCUACUGGCCAUGUCGUUUUUGUUUUAUUUUGCUGAACGUGAUGUCAAUCAACAUAUUAAGUCCAUACCCGAUGCUAUGUGGUGGUCAUUGAUCACUAUGAGCACCGUUGGCUAUGGCGAUAUAGUACCGCAAACUCCACUGGGCAAAUGUAUAGCCAGCUUAUGUAUUGUAGUGGGUGUGUCCAUAUAUGCCCUACCGGCUGGCAUAUUGGGCACUGGUUUGGCACUUAAGGUAGAAAAACAUCAACAACACCAGGCACUGGGCAAACGUCGGGUACCGGCAGCCCGACUAAUUCAAAACUAUUGGCGCAGGCAUGUACUGGAGCAUCGGCACCGGCAGCAGCAACAGGAACAGCAGCACAUACCUACUGUAGUUCAAACAUCAACUAAACAACUAUCGUAUCGUGUAUUGAACCGCCAGGAGCUGAUUGCCUACAAGUUUAUCCUAUGGCUCAGGUAUUUGGUUGCCAGGCGCCGGUUUAUCGACACUACCGGCGGCACCGGCACCUGUACCAACACAACAGGCUGUAGACAUGGUUGUGGUGGUGAACCUAAUCUAUUACUACAUCAUGACAACGAUAUGAAUCUGGAGGAACAGUAUCUAACUGGACAGCACUUAUUAUGCCAGCAGUUACGUGAAUUGCAGUCACAAUUUAGGACAGGUAUUCAGGAAACUAAUAGGAAAAUCAAUGACAUCCAAUAA